GCACCGCGGUCUUGACCGCAGUGUUGACUCCCCACGCCACGCAUCGCAUCACCGAUGCCUCUUCCGUCGCUGCUCGCCGCCGGGCUUCUCCUCUUCCUGGCCACUCCCGCGCCGUCUUCCCAUGCGGCAGGGGUCGACGAAGGCGGCGACAACGUCAGCACCGGCAUGCCGCGGUUCCGCGAGGCCCCGCAAUUCUACAACUCGCCGUCGUGCCCGCCGCCGCUGCCUGCAGGACCCGGGGCGGCCUGCUCCCCCAGCGCCCUGGUUCACGUGGCGAUGACGCUUGACGUGGCGUACCUCCGCGGCUCGGUGGCGGCGGUGCUGUCGGUGCUGCAGCACACCGCGUGCCCUCAAUCCAUUUUCUUCGACUUCGUAGCUGCCUCCGCCGCGGGCCGACUCAACGCCACCGUCGCCGGCGCGUUCCCCUCGCUGGCGUUCCAGAUCCACUCCUUCUCCGGCGAGGAGCUGCGCGUGGCUGGGCUUAUCUCCACCUCCAUCCGCGCGGCGCUGGAUCGCCCCCUCAACUACGCGCGCUCCUACCUGCCGCGCCUGCUCCCGGAGUGCGUCCGCCGCGUCGUCUACCUCGAUUCAGACCUCGUCCUCGUCGACGACGUGGCAUCUCUGGCGUCGACGCCGAUCCCCGACGGAGUGGUGCUGGCCGCGCCAGAGUACUGCAACGCCAACUUCACCUCCUACUUCACGCCCACCUUCUGGGCGAACCCGGCGCUGUCGGUGGCCUUCGAGGGCCAGCGCGCAUGCUACUUCAACACGGGGGUGAUGGUGAUGGAUCUGGGGCGGUGGCGCGACGGCGGCUACACGGAGCGUAUCGAGGAGUGGAUGGAGUUGCAGAAGCGGAUGCGGAUCUACGAGCUGGGGUCGCUGCCGCCCUUCCUGCUCGUCUUCGCGGGUCGGAUCGCGGCCGUGGAGCACCGGUGGAACCAGCACGGGCUCGGCGGCGACAACUACAGAGGACUCUGCCGGGACCUCCACCCGGGGCCGGUGAGUCUUCUGCACUGGAGCGGGAAGGGGAAACCGUGGGCGCGCCUCGACGCAGGCCGGCCCUGCCCCCUGGACGCCCUCUGGGCUCCCUACGACCUCCUCCUCCGCAACACCAUCGCCAUUGAUGAAUCCUGAACUCAGCCAUCCUCACCCGACCCGAUCGACAAAAUCUACUCGAUCUUUUUGCUUAUUUGCCUUUUCUUCUUCUCUCUUUUUUUUAAAAUCUUUACCACAAAAUCAAAGGUACAGAUCUAACUUUUGCUUAUCAAAUGUAGAUUUAAUAUAUACAUAUUGUUUAAUUA